CUGUACCGGAGCUCCGGUUGCUCCGGCUGUGAGUGCUGGUGUACUCCGACGAGCUGUCCGGUUCCGAGUGCCUGGGUACCCGCCGCCAGCAUGGAGGCUCGCCGCGCGCGGCAAAAGGCUCUCAAAGUAAAGAACUUAAAGAAUGUCAGAUAUAUGAAGUUGAUUUCCGUGGAGACAUCGUCAUCCUCCGAUGACAGUUGUGACAGCUUUGCUUCUGAUAAUUUUGCAAACACAAGACUGCAGUUCAACAGGGAAGGCUGCAGGACCCGAAGUCAGUGCCGUCCCUCCGGGCCUCUCAGGGUAGCAAUGAAGUUCCCAGCACGAAAUACCCGGAGGGCAGCCAACACAAAAGCAGCGCCCCCAAAGCCCUCUGAGAGCUCUGCAAACGACUCCCAUUCUGAGUCCGACUCUGAGGAAGAAGAAGAUGGCAUGAACUUCCUGGAGAAGAGGGCCUUGAAUAUAAAGCAGAACAAGGCAAUGCUUGCAAAACUCAUGUCAGAACUGGAGAGCUUCCCCGGCAUAUUCUCUGGAAGACAUUCCCUCCCAGGCCACAGAACUAAAGAUUCAAAGUCACCUAGAAGACGCACGUUCCCAGGUGUGGCUUCCAGAAGGAACCCAGAACGGAGAGCUCGACCUCUUACCAGGUCAAGGUCCCGGAUCCUGGGAUCCUUAGGUGCCCUGCCCACAGAGGAGGAGGAGGACGAAGAAGAGGAGGAGGAUAAGUACAUGCUAGUGAGAAGGAGGAAGUCCGUGGACGGCUAUAUGAACGAUGACGACGUGCCCAGAAGUCGGCGCCCUGGGUCCAUGACCCUCCCACAUAUAAUUCGACCAGUAGAAGACGUCACAGAGGAAGAGAUUAGGAACAUCUGCAGCAACUCUCGAGAGAAGAUUUACAACAGAUCCCUGGGCUCUACCUGUCAUCAGUGUCGCCAGAAAACCACUGACACCAAAACCAACUGCCGAAACCCAGACUGCUGGGGCAUCCGGGGCCAGUUCUGUGGUCCCUGCCUUCGAAACCGUUAUGGCGAAGAGGUCAAGGAUGCUCUGCUGGAUCCGAACUGGCACUGCCCACCUUGUCGAGGAAUUUGCAACUGCAGCUUCUGCCGCCAGCGUGAUGGGCGGUGCGCCACUGGAGUCCUUGUGUAUUUAGCAAAGUAUCAUGGCUUCGGGAACGUUCAUGCUUACUUGAAAAGUCUGAAGCAGGAAUUCGAAAUGCAAGCCUAGAGCCUGAAGGCUCUCUGCCUGUCUUCGGCCUCUGGAGGUUCUCCUGUUGUCAUGGAAGCCUGAGUAAGAAUCUUGGCCGUCAGUCUUUCUUAGAACUCAGUUGGUUGACCUUGUAGCUCACACUUGUUUCUGAAGCAUCAUGGAGGGCACACUGCUCAUUGCAUUUCUUCCAUGUGUAGUGUCUCAGAGCUUGCCCCGGCCCCGCCUUGUAGCCCCCCUGGUCUUUGGCCACCGCUUAGAUUCUGAGCUAUCUUUAAGAGGCAGUUUGAGAAUUCGUUUGAUCAGGACAUACCCAGGCACUUUGGGGUACAGUAGUAUUGUGACGCAAUGGUUGUGAUGACUUGUGAGAGCAGCCCUUUAACUUGCUUACCCAGAAUGGAUGCACAUGGUUUAGUGCCUGAUGUUUUAAAAGGAAAGGCCAGGGCACAGUGGUCUGGAAACCACGUGGAAAAAUCAGGUAGUUGUAAAGUGGAGUAUGGCCACGCUGAACGGCUUUCCGGAGAAAUACAGUUCCUGGGUGCUGUGCUCAGUGUACACCUUGUCACGGUUGACACAGUUGCUGGUGCCAUCUGGCUUACACAGUCACCCAAAGGUUUGUGGUAACGUGGUAUAAUAAUUACUUAAAUUGCUGUAGAAAAGGCAUUCUGGGAAAUUAAGGCUCUGCAAGGGCUGAUGUGAAAUCUUGCUGUUCCGCUUCAGAAACCUAACUUUAGUCACUUUAGUUCCUGGCAGUUUCCUGAAGAGGUAACCCUGGGGGUUGUGUCCAGUGUUUCUGUUUAGGUUUUAAACACUUUUGGAACGGUAACAAGUGACCUUUUAGAGAUGGGUAGCUUUGAACUUUGUUAACGAGUUACCUCUGCCAGUCUAGUUUAUGAGCAGGCGCCUUGAGUCAUCCUCCCUCCUCUCCCUGUAGUCCGGUCAUUCCGGACUGGUGACUAAGUGGCUGAUUCCCUCACCUGUGUAGCCCGUUGCUGUGCCCUCUCUGAAUUCUGUCUGUGAUGCUCAAUUGUAUCUUGAAUCCUUCAAUGUAAAUACAGCCUUUUGCUCUGUAAUGCUUUUAUACAAAGGUUUUUAUUUUAAUAAUAAAACAUUUUGUUCUAA